UCUUCUUGAAGACGGAGAUCGAAUUGGAUUACAGGACGACAACCAGAAGACAUGACCAGGACCCACUACUCUACGGGGAACGCGAAUCCAGCCAUCCUCAGCUUGAUAACUCUGUUGCAUACAUAUCAAUCCUAUUGAAGAUAAUUCCCUGACCACCGCAUACAUGCAUGGGAUCUAGGCUUGGCGGUCGUGCCGCAGCUUAGGCAUCCGUCGCGGCAUGUUUUGUGCCGUGCUGACAACUGUUAUGCAGAAUUCAGGCUUCCAGCAUCAGGUAGGAUUGGUAAUGGACAGGUAUGUGAAUACCAGCAUGGUCUCAACAAAUAAUCGACAACGCAAUUCAAUCCACCCUCCUGUCUGCACCGCAUGGGGGGUGCGCAAUGGAUCGUCGAAAAAAUAGACGGUCUCAAUCCCCAACAGAUGCGAAAGCGAUCAUGGGACCUUGCAAAAAAAAAAAAAAAAAAGAAAAAAAAAAGAAAAGAAACGCGAAGGAAGGGGGAGCCACCGGUCUCCGCUGUCAGAUCUUUAUGAAACCCACUAUAGCAGCAAUCGUUACUCGAUCGGGAGGAUGGUUGAUAGGGAGGCGUGUCCGGUCUCGAAGACUGGAAGGAAGGAAGGAAUUUCUCCUCCGAUAUCCUGCAUACAUACAUAGUAGUAUCGACUGCCCAGUACAGGGAUCGUCCGUCCCUGAGAAAAGCUCAGACUUCCACGUGAACUCCCCCCUUAGCCGGCCCCCCGAGCCUAGACCGUUUCCCCAUCCGUCUCGAGCGGUCAUCGAUGGGGGUUGCCGCCGGCUGACAACUCCCAUUGCCUUUUUCCGGAGUUUCCAGGCGUUCGUGGGUUUGACUUUCGUUCUCUGCCGAGUCGUGUCGGUCUCUCGGGCGAGAGAUACGCUGUGUAGUUCAACCCAAUUUCAGCCGUGAUGAAUGAAACAAUGCAGCUGUCCCGUCCAGACAUGGUUGCUUAUCCUUACGUGGGCGCCCCGGGUGUACCUUGCUGUCCAGCU